AUGUUAAGAUCUGUCACAGUGGUGAGUGAGAAUGUUACAUCGGCCAAUUCCGGAGAGCCAGUUCAUCGCAAAGUAUUCUCAAAUAAAGGUGAGCAACCUUUCUAUGUUUUAUGUAGACUCAUAAACUUUAAUCAUAAUAAAAAUAAGGAUUUAUUAAAUUAUAAACUUAAAAAAUAUAUGGAAGAGUAA